AGGCGCUUAAAUACUUUAAACAAAUGUGCAGUGAUGAAGCUAGAAAUUAGCCCCCACAGGAAAAGGAGUGAAGAUUCGGAUGAAGAUGAACCUUGUGCAAUAAGUGGCAAAUGGACUUUUCAGAGAGACAGCAAGAGAUGGUCGAGGCUUGAAGAGUUUGAUGUGUUCCCUUCGGACUUGAAUACCCCCUCCCCAGAAGCUCCACACCUUACUAAUGCCACAAGCCAUGAGAGUGUGCUAACAGACCUCAGCGAACGCCAGGAGGUGGCUUCCAUUCUGAGCAUCAGCAGCACCAGCAGCCACCAACCAACCCUGCAGAGCGAGGCAUCUACAACCAGGACUAACUCGGUCAUGAGUGUUUGUUCAUCAAGCAAUUUUGUAGCAAAUGAUGACUCAUUCAGCAGCCUGCCCUCACCCAGGAAUCUGAAUAGCUUCAGCUUCAGCACAAAAGCCAAUGAGAAGAACACCAAGUCCAAAACAAAGAGCCUGCUCAAGAGAAUGGAGAGCCUGAAAAUCAAGAGCUCUCACCAUAGCAAGAGCAAAGCUCCUUCAAAGCUUGGUCUUGUUAUUAGUGGGCCUAUCCUGCAGGAGGGCAUGGAUGAAGAUAAACUGAAGCAGCUUAACUGCGUGGAGAUUUCUGCCCUCAAUGGCAAUCACAUCAGUCUCCCCAUGGUACGAAAGAGGAGUGUCUCCAAUUCCACCCAAACCAGCAGCAGCAGCAGUCAGUCAGAGACGAGCAGUGCCGUCAGCACACCCAGUCCUGUCACACGAACGCGCAGCCUCAGUGCCUACAAUAAAAGAGUGGGCAUGUACCUGGAAGGCUUUGACCCCUUCAACCAAUCAACGUUCAGCGACGUGAUGGAGCAGAACUUCAAGAACCGGGGAAGCUUUGCAGAAGACACUGUGUUUUUUAUCCCCGAAGAUCAUAAGCCUGGCACUUUUCCCAAAGCACUCUCCAAUGGCAACUUCUCCCCAACAGAGAGCAAUACCUCUGUGAACUGGAGGACGGGCAGUUUCCAUGGACAUGGCCAUCUCACCCUCCAGAGGGAAAACAGCGGCGACAGCUCCAAAGAGUUGGGCAUGGAGAAAAGGCGCAACUCCUCCAGCUCAGUGAGCAGCCGCCUGAGUAUUUACGACAACGUGCCAGGCUCGAUCCUGUAUUCCAGUACAAGUGACCUGGCUGACCUGGAAAAUGAAGACAUAUUCCCAGAACUAGAUGACAUCCUGUACCAUGUCAAAGGGAUGCAGAGAAUAGUAAACCAGUGGUCAGAGAAGUUCUCGGACGAAGGGGACUCCGACUCAGCACUCGACUCCAUCUCCCCAUGUCCUUCCUCUCCAAAGCAGAUCCACCUCGAUGUCGAUAAUGAUCGAACAACACCGAGUGACCUUGACAGUACAGGGAAUUCGCUGAACGAAACUGAAGAGCCCACAGGGAUGCAAGACAGGAGGGACUCUGGGGUGGGCGCGUCACUGACACGGUCCAGCAGGUAA